CUUGAACCUAAUGGCUCCUCACUGCCUUCGCAAAUUGCACACAUCCGAGCAAGCCGAUACUUUUGUUAUUUUUUCUUGGGUUUCCUUGUUUUGCCAUCUGCACAGCUCCGACGACCAGUAAGGCUGCUCUUGAGUAUGCCCUAAUCCGAUUACGACACUGCGUUUCCAAUUCCGACACCCCGACUCUCGAUUCGAUGGCCGAGCUCGAACCCUACAAAAAUGGCUAUUACUUGUGGAAAUAUGUGCCCUCGGCUGCUGCGGCGGGGGUCUUCUGUGCGGUCUUCUUCAUUGCUGCGACCGCGCAUGUCUGGCGAACUUGGAAGAGGCGUGCCUGGUUUUGCAUCCCUUUCGUGAUCGGCGGUUACAUGCAAUCGAUUGGAUAUGCUUUCCGAGCAGCUGCACAUGGUAGUACUGACGACUUGAUACUCUUUGCGAUGCAACAAAUCGCCAUCCUCUUAGCGCCUAUACUGUUGGCAGUUUCGAUAUGCAUGGCGUUGGGCCAACUCAUCCGCAAUGUCCACGGGGACAACCACUGGAUUAUGAGUGUCAACUGGGUGACGGGAACAAUUAUCUUGGGCAACACCGUGUCAUUGGUGCUUCAAGCAAGCGCAACGGGCAUCACGAUAACCGGGGAGAAUACAAAGCCAGGCCAAAGUAUGGUGAUAGCCGGCUUGGGAUUCCAGAUAUUCAUGUUUGGUCUGUUCUUAUUGACGGCAGUACUAUUCCAUCACAAAAUGCUGCAUGACCCGAGGGCGGGAAGCGUCCCUGAGAGUUUGAAAUGGAAACGAGACUUGUGGAUAUUACACGGAUUAAGUGUUCUGAUGAUCGCGAGGUCUGCAUUUCGCAUCGCCGAAUUCGCUUCGGGAACCGAUGGAUUUCUUGCGUCCCACGAAUGGCCGCUUUACGUCUUCGAUUCAGUGCCCAUGUUGGCAGUAAUGGUGGCUUUCUGGAUAUGCAUGCCAGCCAUGAAGAAGAGGCCGGAUAGCUGGGUCUCAUUGGCGUCUGCGACGCUCGCGCUCAGAAGAAUACCAACGGCGGAAGUUUUAGAGGAGGCAAGGCCGGGCAAGCGUUGAAUUGGACACAUCUAGCUUUUAUUUGUAAUUUCAACAUAACAUACAACUUCUAUUGCAUCGAGUUCUGGUCGGAUGAAGAGGUUGCAGUGGUACUUGACGUUAAAGCCCUGCGCUUCUUACCCCCACGUCUCGAGGUUGAAACGCACCCGAUGAGCGCAUUCCUAGCAACUGUUCAGCGACUUAUCCACUGCCCACUAAUAAAUACCAAGAACGAAGACGGCAAAAAGAUAGACACAGCAAAAAACAUACAACAGCAAGGAUUCCCCGGUCGUCACCGACCCGAGUACUAAUUUGCCGCUUCUCAGUUUGACUAAGGGAGAGCGGACGGGAUCCCGUAUUUCCUAA